CGGCGCUCGGAGCCUCACUCUUGCCUCUGGAGCCAACGAGGAGUCCGCGGCGGGGAAGUCCGGCAGCCCGCGGCGAGGAGCGCUUGUAGCCGCGCGGGGAGGAGGAGAAGGAGGAAGCGGACCACAGCGCGGGGACGAGGGGAAGUUGAGGGAGGAAAGGAAAGAGAAGCGGGAAAGCAAAGAGAAAAAAGGGGCUGCUGCUGCGGCGAGCGAGAGAGCGAGAGCGCGCCUUUCUCGGUGCGCCUUCGCCAGCCUUGAGCUCCUCGCCUCGCCUGGUCGUCGUAGUCUUCGGCGCGGGCGCUGGGAGCCCGCCGGAGCCUUCUCUCUUGCCUCGGCCGGGGCUUGGACGCCGGGAGGAAGGCUGCCUAUUUUUGCGGUUUGGUUUUGCCCUCAUCCCGGGCCAAGGAGAGGAUGAAGCCCCGUGGAUGCGCCGGGCGGGACCUGCUGCGUCUUCUUCUCCAGGUGGAUUUAUAGAGGCGGCCAAGGACGCGCCGACGGGGGACUUGGGCGUUCCGGCGCUUUUCUCCCGUGCUCUUGUCGGCCUUCGCUCCGGUCCUUGGGCGGCGGGCGGCUCUCUCCUCGGCGGGCGCUUCCAGUUGGGGAUUGCGGCUCCUCCUUCUCCAUGCCGGCGCCCGGGCGCCCGACGCACUGAGCCGGCAGGGCGAGCUCGUUCCCUGCCCGGGAUCUGGUGGUGGUUGUGGCUCCUUCUUCUUGGCGGAGGAAUUGUGGACGCCGCCUUCGCUUGCCUGGUCGUCCUCGUCGUCGUCGUCGUUUUCCUCCGCGGAGUUGGCGAGCCUUUGGGACAGGACCCGGCGGCGGCGGCGCCCCCGACCAUGGUAGCGCGCCGGGGGGGAUCCCCGUUCGGGAGGUGCUGCUGGGGGAUCUGGGUGCUUUUGUGCCGGACGGUGUUGGCCAGCUCGCUGGUGCUCGAGCCCAUCUACUGGAACUCCUCCAACUCCAAAUUCCAUCCUGGACAAGGACUGGUACUAUACCCAAAGAUCGGAGACAAACUGGAUAUUAUAUGCCCGAAGGUGGACUCUAAAACUAGUGGCCAGUAUGAAUACUAUAAGGUCUAUAUGGUUGAUAAAGACCAAGCAGAUAGUUGCACUAUUAAAAAGGACAACACACCUCUGCUCAACUGUGCCAAGCCUGAUCAAGAUGUUAAGUUUACCAUCAAGUUUCAAGAAUUCAGCCCUAACCUCUGGGGACUGGAAUUUCAGAGAAACAAAGAUUAUUACAUCAUAUCAACAUCUAAUGGAUCACUGGAAGGCCUGGAUAACCAGGAGGGAGGGGUGUGUCAGACAAAAGCCAUGAAGAUCCUAAUGAAGGUUGGACAAGUUCCCAAUUCUGGUGGGUCCCCAAAUAAUGCUGAUCCAACUAAACGCCCGGAACAGGAAGCUGGUACCAACGGGAAAAGCUCUACAACAAGUCCCUUUGUAAAGGAUCAUGCAGGUCCCAACUCAGAUGGAAGCAAGGCUGGACAUUCCAGUAUCCUUGGUUCAGAGGUGGCCUUAUUCGCAGGGAUAGCUUCAGGGUCCAUCAUAUUCCUCAUCAUCAUCAUAACUCUGGUGGUUCUAUUGUUGAAGUAUCGGCGGAGACACAGGAAGCAUUCUCCCCAGCACACGACGACACUGUCACUUAGUACAUUAGCCACCCCAAAACGCAGUGGGAACAACAAUGGGUCUGAACCCAGUGACAUUAUCAUUCCUCUGAGGACUGCAGAUAGUGUCUUUUGCCCACACUAUGAAAAAGUCAGCGGUGACUAUGGACACCCAGUGUACAUCGUUCAAGAAAUGCCCCCUCAGAGCCCAGCAAACAUUUAUUACAAGGUCUGAUGAGCACUCAGCGCGGUACCUUUUUUUUGAAGCUCUCUCUCUGGUCAAAAUGCUAUCCAUGACGCGGGGGGUGGGGUGGGGUGUUGUGAUGAGCCCCUGCCCUGGUUACUGGACCAGGUGCAGCGGAGGGAACGGCAAGCCCCACCCUGUGACAAGAGAGCCACCUUGAGAUGGACAGCUUCCCUAGCCUGUAGAAUUCCUGCCUUGGUGAACAAGCAUUUACUUGGAAGUUGGAAGGAUUUGCAUAGAAGAUACCUGCCCCCAUUGCUGUACGUUCAUCACCUCCUAAGCCAUGUGCUGCUGGCAUCCAGACACGUACGAAAAGCCCAGGGAAGAUGGAGCAACUCAUGGAUGCUAAUGGUUUUUAGGCGUUUGGGGAGGGAGUCGGAAGUCACCAAGCUUGAAGCAGCCCUGUGACUUUGUGUGUACUCUUAAGAGCUUGCGGAUUUGUCAUACAGACCUGCUUUUAAGUAAGACUUUUUAAUCAUCCUUCUUGCUUUUAGUCAGUCCCUGAUGCAUUUUACUUCAGCCGGGUAGCAUUCUCCACACUAGUAUUCAUUCACACUCCUCAACCUACAUCACUACUGGAAAGCAUAUAAUUAUUAUUAUUAUUAUUUUAUUUUUGCCAUUCCAUACACCAUCCGUUGGUGGUAGCAGCCUCACUUGAAUGAUUAGUGCUUUGUGGGGUGGGGUGGGGAGGGGAGGGUGGAACUGGGCUUGCUUAAUAAAGGAAUCUUCCGUCCCGAAGCUAGCUUGCCAGCAGAGCCAAGAAUAUGAGGAGGAAGGGCUGAUCGAAUGUUGUUGCCUCUGGAAUAUCAACUGGGCCAAGCCAGACAAUUUAGGCAGCGCAGCACUUCUGAUAUCUGGAGUUCUAGGAAGCAAGUUAGAACACACAGCAACACAAGCAGCUGAAAAGGGUCUGCAUUUGAACGAUGCCAAGGUUGUUCUCCAAUAGCAAUGUGUGGGAAAGAAUAGUUCUCUCCCUUUAAAGUAGGACAAAGAGUGUAAGUAAAUGGACGUGCCUGGGAGACAAGACAAUAGUGAUAUAUGAGGGCAGGACUGCUGGGGUACUUACUGUGCCAGCAAUAAGAUGUACAGCUUUGAACUAGCUGUAGCAAAAUCUCGGUCUGUUUCAAAUGACAUUUCUUUUUCUUUCCUUCCUUCCUUCUUUCUUUAUUUUAAAAAUAAAAAAGCAGACUCUGCUCCUAUGCUUAUCACAUUUUUAAUUAAUCACAGGACAGGGGGAAAUUUGUUUAAGAAAACAGCAACAUCUGACAUAGAAAAAUCACAUGCUUAAAAGUCAAGAGGGCUAUAAUUCCAUCACCUAAAAAGAAAGCAUUCUCAUCUCUGAAUAUUAAUCAGGGUUUUAUUUUUUCCUCCGAUCAAGCCUUGUUUCUGGCAAUGCAUUUGCAAGGGAACCCUGUACGUACUCCGGACACUGCUGCUAUCUGGGGUAUUCUCUUUCAGAGUUAAAGCACAUAUGGUAAACUGCUUACGGUCAGUAAAGAUGCAAUACAUUUAGACACAUGAGAGGGAGACGUAAGGUAUGGCUUAUUUAUAGUAGGUGUAUAGAACCCAUGGAAUAUAAAGUAGCAGAUUUUGUUAUGAUUACUAAUAUAUAUAUCUAUAUAUAUAUAUCUAGAGAGAGAGAUUGCACAGACUCUACACCAGAAGAUGUGAAGUUCAUCUGUGGCAAUGAAUUGAACCUUAAAUUGUCAGGGUUAAAGCAAAAUGAUUGGGCAAGCCUUCUUUGGGGGGGGGGGGGGAAAUAGCUUCACUCCAAAAAAAGAAUACUGAGAAAAUAACAAAGCCCUCAGUCUAAGCUGUCUUGCAUAACUCAUAGACUAGGAGAUACAAACCCCAAAAU